AGCGCGUCACCGAUUGCGCGCACUCACUCCACAGCCGAGACUGACGCGCAUUUCUGAAGGAGUGUCGCGUCUUUGCAUGUUAUUCAUUGGGCUAAGAGAUAAAAUUCACAUCCAAAUUCAAGAUUUACAGUAAUGGACAGUUAUAAUAUCGCUUUAAUUGAUGCGUGCAUGGCCAGAUCGGUCAAAUGCAAUAUUAAAGCGAAACCCGGCUGCUAUGGAGACUGAGCGCGCAUCCGUGUUUCUGCUGCCGGACCGAGCGAUGCUCUUCACCCUUCAGACGGUAAACAAGCACGGGUGUGCCUAAAUGUGUCUUUCUUAAGGCCAAAACGAAAUUUACUGAAGGAUGGGGUACGCGGACCCGACGUCUAGUAGAGAUUUGUUGGGGAACAGAUCCCUUUGUUUUAUUUUCAUAUGUGCUUUUGGACUGGUCACCUUAUUGCAGCAAAUCCUCUAUGGCAAGAAUUACAUUAAAAGUGGGCAACAAUUUACCCGCCUCAAAGGAGAGGAGGUGGGCAACUGGAGCGGUCUCAUUAGUUACCCUGAUGAUGGAGGAAUGAAGCCGGCCAGAAAUGGAAGGAAAAGAUGUGUCCGUCAGAAUUUUCAACACUCAGAAGCUCAGAGCUCCGUAGUUAUCACGCCCUGCCUAGCUGACAUUGAGAAGAAAAAAAAAGAGCAGAGAAGGUAUCUGGAACAUUCCCAAGGUUCUUUGGAAUACAAUUCCACAGCAUGCAAGAGUCUACGACAGGAGAUCACAGAUGUUAAAGUACUGACCAUUUCGCUUUCCAGAGGAAGGCGGAGUUUCAAGAACUCGUGCUGCAGCAAACAGUCGCAACAAAGCAGAAGAAUCUCACGCAACAAGGUGAAGACAUCAGAAUUGUUUGAGAGAUGGAGGAACCUUCAGGUGUGUAAGUGGGAGCAGAACAAGGAGGAGGUCGAUCAUUUCAAGAUGUCUCUGUCACGAUGCUGCAAUGCCCCCUCCUUCCUGUUUACCACAAAGAGAAAUACUCCCUCUGGCACAAAGCUACGAUAUGAGGUUGAUACAAGUGGAAUCUUGCACAUCAGCCCCGAGAUUUUUAAAAUGUUCCCUAAUGAUAUGCCCUAUUCCAAAUCACAGUUCAAGAAAUGUGCUGUUAUUGGAAACGGAGGCAUCAUUAAAAACAGCAAGUGUGGACGAGAGAUAGACGCGGCUGACUUUGUCUUACGAUGUAAUAUUCCACCCAUCUCAGAUAUGUACAGUGAAGAUGUGGGAUCUAAGACCGAUCUUGUUACCAUAAACCCCAGCAUUAUAACUGAGAGGUUUCAAAAGCUGGAGAAAUGGAGAAAGCCAUUUUAUGAUGUUCUCCAGAAUUACCAGAACUCUUCUGCGGUUUUGCCCGCGUUUUACAACACAAGAAACACGGACGUGUCUUUCCGUGUCAAAUACAUGCUGGAUGACUUCGAGUCCACCCGUGGCGUGUUCUUCUUCCACCCGCAGUAUCUCUUAAACGUGCAGCGUUUCUGGGCUGUGCAGGGCGUGCGGGCCAAGCGCCUCAGCAGCGGUCUGAUGCUCGUUACCGCGGCGAUGGAGUUAUGCGAAGAGGUGCAUCUCUACGGCUUCUGGGCGUUCCCCAUGAACCCCUCUGGCAUCUUCAUAACGCACCAUUACUAUGACAAUGUCAAGCCCCGGCCCGGGUUCCACGCCAUGCCGUACGAGAUCUUCAACUUCAUGCACAUGCACGCUCGCGGCAUUGUGCACGUGCACACGAGCCCUUGUAGGUGAAAACGUUUGAUGUGUGAUCUGAUUGGUCUGUUUUGUAAACCUCCUGCUGUUUAGUGCCGCUAUGCAUCGCUGAGUUAAAGGCCAGACGUUUUACUACGUGUUUUUACGAUAUUGUGUCGGACAGACACCGGUACUCUAAUGUUUGCUGUUUGGUGAUUUUAUGUAGCGGUGUUGUAUUCGUGUCAUCAGCUUGAACAUGAGGUUGACCAUUUCAGUCGUGUCUGACAAGUUAAAACAUUUAUGUAUAAAGGUAAAUGCUCGUACAUGUGUACUGAAAGAAUGUAAGAUUAUUUCAAAAGAAAGUAAAACUUGAUCACAUCAAACACAGUUGUAUAUGUUGAGGAAUGGUUGGUCUCUGUUUCACUCUCUCUCUCUCUCUUUCUCACACAUACAAACUGAGAUUUUAAACAUGUUUCCUUUAUAUACAGUUCAUGUUUUCAGGUUGUUUGUAUAUGAAAUAACUGUGAUAACUGUGUGAUCUUAUCACUUUACAAAGACUUUACAUUGACUUUGCUCUCACCGUUGGUUAUGUCUUAGCUGCACUGGACUGGCACAGGAUUAUUGAAUUAUUUUAUGUUUAUGCUUUAAAAUGUAUUCAUGUCAGUUUAUUUAUUAAUUAUUGAGCUUGACAUUUCUUUUCACUGUUUUGGCGAUACGAAGAAAGUUAUUUGUCAAGCCAAUCUGUUUCUGAGCUUUUUUGACCAUCAAAGCAUGGUAUUUUGUAUUUUAAAUAUAUUUUUAGUGUCACAGACACACCAAAUGCUACCCGUAUCUCUCUCUCUCUCUCUCUCUCUCUCUCUCUCUCUCUCUCUCUCUCUCUCUCUUACACACACACAGACAGAUAUCCAGUUCUGGUGUCAGGUGUUGAACCAGUGUUAAAUAAUGAAUGGGUUUCAGAGGUUAAUCAGUGUUAAUCAGAUGAACAUAGUUUCUCUGGAGUUCCCUUUCUUCACACUUACACACAUAGAGAAACAUAAAGGCUGUUUAUUAUCCAUAUUCAAUCAUAAAUGCUGAUUGCUUUAUGGAUAAAUAUGUAUUUCUAAGAUUUACUGAUAUACAUUUUCAUAUAAUUCUGUUAUACAAUCAGGAUCUAAAUAACAGAAUAAAACAAUAUUGAUUCACAAAUCCUACAGACAUUAUAUUGAUUAAGUGCUUCUUUGUUAAGGUCAUUGCUUUUUAUUAUUACCAAACUCUUUGGACAGAAUUGUAAUAAUGUCCAAUAAGUUAAAUGAAAAUAAUCCUUUUUUUAUUUUUACCUUUGUAUAUUUGGAAAAAGAGACUGAAUCGACCAAAAGCUGACUGCAUCUGUUUUCUGAUAUAAAUAUUGCUCUAUGAUGCUCUAUGAUGAUAUGAUGCUUCGUUGACUCGUGCCCAUUGCUGACUGUCUUUAUAAUAAAUAUGUAAAUAAAUUCAUUUGGAAUUACUGA